GCCGCCCACGCCGGAAGCACCGCCCCGUCGCCACGGCAACGCGGUCGCCGCGCUGGGGGACACUGGAGCGGUCCGGCCGCUGCGAGUUGUGCGGGGCGGCGGCGCGGCUGCGGUGUUCCCGCUGCCGCCUCACGCAUUAUUGGUGAGGGCCUCCGGCUGUCCGCAGCUCCCGGGGCUCUCUGUGCGGUCACGCUUAAGGACAUACCGGUGUCACGAGUCGGGCUCGGGCUUUGGUUGGUUUCGGUGGGUUUUUCGCUCUGGUGCUGAAAGUGAGGCGUUCGCUGGAGCCGAGUGGUGCGGGGUGCUCUGUGAGUGAAGGCCUUAAUGCACAAGAUUGCUGCGCCUCCUGUGGUUCACAGGAGUGUGUUGACAUCCCACCAAGUGUGUGUGUCCCACUGACACCCGGCUGAGUGUCAGGCCAAGCGCCUCACCGCUCCCACAGCUACCUCAGAGGAGGCUGCAGCGAGCUGGGGUCAGGCUCCUCCCAAACAACGACAGGACAAGAGGAAAUGGCCUCGAGUUGCUCUCAGGGGAGUUUAGCUCGGAUAUCAAGAAAAAUUCCUUCAUUGAAAAGGUUGUGGAGCUUUAGGACAGGCUGCCCAAGGAAGUGGCGGAGUCACCAUCCCUGGAAGUGCUCAAAGACAUGGAGAUGUGGCACUUAGGGACAUGGUUUAUGGGUUAAUGGUUGGAGUAAUGGCCUUGGAAGUCUUUUCCAACCUGAAUGAUUCAAUGGUUCUAAGAAGUUAUGGAGUGGCGGCUGUUCGAUGUAGAUCAUCAGAAAGCCGACUGGGUUAGUAUCCAUGAGAAAAUAUGCCAACUGCUGAUUCCUGUCUGCACAUCCCUCCCUUCUCUCACUUCUGAAGAAAGAAAACACAGAGUGGAACAGCUGGUGAAGAGGCAGAAAUAUAUCAUCGAUCUUACAUCCAGCACCGCCCAGAAGUUUAUUUUCGAUGGAAAGCAUGAAAAAGCAUUACCUGCAGCUUUGCAUGCGUUGCGUUUCAGCACCAAAGUAUACGGCUCAAGUUCUGUGCAACUGGUACCUGCCUAUAUCCUCUUGGCUGAGGCCUGCAUUGCAUUCCAGGGAAGGGCCAGCUCUGCAGUCAUUGUGCCAUGUCUGUUCUAUGCCCAGCCUGAAGGGCACCCAGGGAGAUUCAAGGUGUCACCUCCUGUUUUCUGUGUUGGCCAGGGGAAAAGAUUUCUCAUCGACGGUGUUGGCAACCUUCAGCAGGCAUCUAACUAUCUCUCCCAAGCUCAAUGGAUUGUCCUCAGAAGUCCAGAUUGCAGCAGUGCCUUUCAGCAUAGAUUGCAUCGCAGUUUUGGGCUUCUCUAUGCUGCUGAUGGGAACUUCGAUCAGGCUUUAUAUCACCUGGCAAAUGAUAUUUACCUUGCCUCCUCUGCAUUUGGACUAAAAUCUGUUGAGGCUUCUGGAGGGUAUUUCCACAUGGCUAAUGUUUUUUUUUGCCAGAACAAAAUGGACAUAGCAAACUCGUUGUAUGCUGAGGUCACCGACAUUUGGCACACCUUUCUUGUGAAGUCAGUUCAAACGCAAGAGCAAAUUCACAAGUUGAGAGCAGAAAAGUCUCCGUUCACCGAGGACAAGGAAGUGGAAGUCAGUGAAGACACCAUGACUGAAGCCCAGCAAGCAGAAGCAAUUCAGGUCCUGAAUGCAGUACUAGAUAUCAGAGAAAAGGCACCAAAGCAACAACCUGAGGAAACUGCCAGAGUCUUGCAUGCUCUUGCAAUGCUUUAUUACCUAUUCAUGGAUUUAUCAAAGGCAUAUGAAAUAGGGAUGAAAGCCUUUGACCUGCUGAAACAACUACCCCAACAAGAGUCUCUAGAAGCCAUCGGCUAUUUGUUAAAGCUGAUUGACUCCCAGCCUUCCUGCACAAAAUGAGGAGCUCCUUCUACCAGAGCCAGGUGCUUGGCUGGGUUAUCUAACUAGGUGGCUGAAAACAUUGAAAAUGCAUUGCCAGCUGUAGGUCCUUUCUGCUUUUGUCACCUCUCUAGGAGUGUCCUUUUCCAUCUGGAAGUGUUUGAAAACUAAGCUUGUGGUCUUAGUUAAUUGUUACAUGCUUGUCAACCUCUGCAGACUGUUAUGGAGUAACAGCAUGAGGGUGGGAAACAAAAGAACUACCAGUGCAAGGUGCGUAAAUCGUUGCCUACUUACUAAUGUAAAUAAGAGUAACAGCCUCUUAUCUCCUCCCAUUGUCUGACAAGAAGUUAAGACCAGCUGAAAUGCGUUUGCUACUGUUUUCCUCAAUUUUCUUUUCACUUUGAUGAGUAAGAUAAGGUGGAAGGCUAUGGGAGAGGCCUGGGGAAUGUGUCCACUACAUUCCUAACUUGAAUGGUUGACACCUGCUCCCCAGAACCUGGUUGGGCUUGUUCAGGUGCUGCACUUCUCUGUAGUGCCUCUCCAUUUCCAAAUCCACGCUCUCACUUUUUGCAGACCUCCCUCAAGCUGGCUGCUAAUGUGCAGCCCUCACAGGCUUCAAAUGCCCCUGGGAGCAGAGAAGGAAGAACAGCAGAGCACAGGGUACACCUGGUCCUGAGAGUGGAGGCCAAGUGGCACUAGAGAAGGGCUGGGGGAGUCCUUGAGAGCGAGAUGGGUGCAGGGCUGGAGGCAGCUGUGCAGUGAACUUGGUUCAGACACUGAGCAUGUGACAGCCUUGCACCGCUGGGAAAGAGGUUAAGGGAAACUUGCCCUGCUGCUGAGGUCUGGAUUCAGCUGAGCUUUAAGCCUGCGAUUAAGUCUCAUUUACUUCAGGAGGAUUUAUGAAUGCAUUUAAUUGCCUCGCUGAAUUGGGUUGGAGUCAAGUACGCUUUUAAAUGCUUCGUCGAGCUGGGACCUGAGCAAUUAGAAGGGAUUGAUGCUGCUGCUAAAGGGAAAGUUGCUCACUCCAAUCCAACUGAUUUUUAAUUGCACAGGGUGGAAUAGCUGUGAUCAGUGCACACACGGGGCCCCAUGGCAGACCGGGGCAGCUCCCUGAGACUGUAGGAACACAUGUGGGAACAGGGGAUGUUGGCAGCCAGGAUGCUCAGCUCCUGCUGGCACAGUGCCUCAGGACGUGGAGGAUUUGGGUCACUGUGGCUGGGGAUUUGGAGCUGUGGCAGUAAUCCCCCAAGAUGUGCCAUGGCCGGGCUGUCUCUAUGUGACACAUCAGGGCUGGUGUCCCUUCCACGGCGCUGCCACAUGGCACAGUGUCACUGUUGGCUGCUUAAAGCAGUACAGAAAUUAAUUUUUCAUAGGUGUGCAGGCUGUGCGUCUCUGGUAGCAGGGCCUGCACAGCAAUGAGAAGGGAAUGGAAGCGCCAGUAAAGGUGAUCAGAGCAACCCAGCGUCCCACCACACAAUAUGUCGGGGAGAGUUGGAAGAUUUUUCCAGGAGCUUUUCUCUAUGACCCUUUGGAACAGCCGUCUCUACUGUAUACACUUCAGGGCAAAGAGCUAUUUCCACAAAUAGCAGAAAACCGAAGUGAACAAGCUCAGCACUUCUUUGCCCGGCAGUGUUCAGACUUGCAGCCCUUGGCACCAGGUUAGGUAAAGGAGAAAUUCCCCCAGGAAGCAGCCAGGAGAUGGCAACAACACAGCCAGGAGCACGGUGAGGGCAUUUCGUAACAAGGAGCCUUGCAUCCCUGUGAGGGAAAGCGUUGGCAAGGAGCAACUGGAUAGGAUAGGACACAAACAUCCCAUGAACAGCACCUGAGCUGCACCCAGGGCUGGCCUUGCUGAAGCUCUGACUCCAUCCACCACCACUCCUCCCAGAAAUAAAGGCACACGGCACAGCAAGUUGGGUCGCUGCAUACAUUCCUGUUUAUUGUUAGCACACCACACGCCUUUCUCCAUUCUCUUGGCACUUAUGUUUAUGCACAUUAGGAAAAAAAAAGAAAAAAAAAGUGUGUGCAGUUCCUGGGAUGCUGCACAGAUCUGCGAUGAGUUUUGUCAUGGUUUUUUCUACCUUUAUUUUCAAUGUACUCACUUCCAAAACAGACAAAUAAAUUAAAAAAAAACAAAAACCACUAUUAAAUAACUGCACAUGGCUUUGGGAA